UUAAUUAAAAAAAGAAGUUGAGGUAGAGACUUUAAAGCUAACCUAAUUGUCCUGAUCAAAAAAUCAAAAUUUCCUUAAUUUUGCUUUUUGCUCUCAUAACAUAAUCUUUACUUAUUGUAAGUCAUAAUUAUAAAUAAUUAUAUUACAACAUGGCUGGUAGCCGAUUAGAAAAAGUUGGUACUAUAUACACUAGAGUUUCCGGCCUAAUUCAAUCAAAAGCCUUGAACUGGCAAGAUAGGCCACUUUGGUACGAUGUAUACGAAGCAUUUCCACCCAAUGAAGAACCUCGGUUUGACAGGCCAGCUCCUAACAUUCAGCUAAAAAAGAUAUUCUAUAAAGAGGACAAAAUAAGAGCCAUGUUUCAUCGCAACAACAAAAGAAUAGGAGCGAUUAAUUUAUUAGGGCACGGAAAAACUUUAACACAAAGGUUUAUAGAUACUUAUUUAGAACUUGAGAGUCGCUGUGGAAAAGACGCAACGGAGGAGCAGCUGUACACAGAAGCAAUACAUAUAUUGAAUAGAGAGAGGGAAGAUAAGAGAAAACCCCAGAGUAAUGAAAUAGAAACAGUUAGUUUGAGUUCAUCGUUCAAAGAAGCUAAAAAGAAACGUGAAAAGGAAUUGAAUGUCAAAGUGAAAUCUUUGUUUUAAUGCUUGAAUAUAUAGUUUCUUGAAAUUAAGUAUGUAAUGUAGAGUUUUUAAUAAAUAUAUAGGUUUUUGUUUAAUAAAGAACAACAUUGACUAUUAUCACAGAUAACGUGUGAUCUGUGCUAUUA